AUGACGCGUUUCCGCCCUUGCAUAGACCUACACGCCGGAAGCGUCAAGCAAAUCGUCGGCGGCACACUCAACACCACCACCCCCGACGUCCUGAAGACAAACUGGACCUCCGAGCACCCUUCCGCUUUCUAUGCCGACCUAUACAAACAACAUGACCUAAAAGGCGCACACGUCAUAAUGCUCGGUCCAGGAAACGAACAAGCAGCGCAAGAAGCAUUGGAAGCAUGGGAAGGCGGCAUGCAAGUUGGCGGUGGGAUCACAGAGAAGAACGCGGCGGAAUGGAUUGAAAGAGGCGCGGAUAAGGUAAUCAUAACAUCGUACCUCUUCCCCUCCUCCACCUUCUCCAUGGACCGCCUGCAAGCCGUCCUCCAAGCUCUCGACAACAACAAAACCAAACUCGUCAUCGACCUCUCCUGCCGAAGGAAAGGCGACAAGUGGUUCGUUGCGACGAACAAGUGGCAGACCAUCACCGAUUUUGAGUUGAACCAAGAAUCGAUAUCCCUCCUCGAACCCCACUGCAGCGAGUUCCUCAUCCACGCCGCCGACGUCGAAGGCCUGCAACGCGGUAUCGACCACAAACUCGUUACCAAGCUGGCGGAAUGGUGCAGCAUACCCGUCACGUAUGCGGGUGGAGGCCGGUCGAUUGAAGAUCUAGAGUUGGUGAAGGAGCUGAGCAAGGGCAAGGUGGAUCUUACCAUCGGCAGCGCACUGGAUAUCUUUGGCGGUUCGGGCGUCAAGUUCCAGGACUGCGUCAAGUGGAAUGCGGAGCAGGCAUAA